AACCUUAGCUAGGCAACCUUAGCACCAGAGUCACUUGCGUUUCCACUGGCCAUGGAAAGAGCCAAGGAGAGGAUGUAGAUUUUCGCUGUGGGAUAGCUUAUCUGAUAUUGGCAAAUGUGUUGUUUCGUGGUUUCAAAGUUUGUAUAUUUGAUCGAGUCACAUCGCUGAAACUACAAAGUGCAACUGAAAAGAAAAAAAAACAGCCUGAAGUUGCCACCAUGUUGGAAGAGGACAUGGAGGUGGCCAUCAAAGUGGUCGUUGUUGGCAAUGGAGCUGUUGGCAAGUCCAGCAUGAUCCAACGUUACUGCAAGGGCAUUUUCACCAAGGACUACAAAAAGACAAUCGGGGUGGACUUCCUGGAAAGGCAGAUUUUUGUAAAUGACGAAGAGGUCCGACUAAUGCUUUGGGACACAGCUGGGCAGGAGGAGUUUGAUGCCAUUACCAAGGCUUACUACCGAGGUGCCCAGGCAUGUGUCCUGGUUUUCUCCACCACAGACAGGGAGUCAUUUCAGGCUAUUGACAGUUGGCGGGAGAAAGUGGAAGCAGAGGUUGGAGAUAUUCCUACAGUUCUGGUUCAAAACAAAAUUGACCUCCUGGAGGAGACUUUAAUAAAAAACGAGGAGGCAGAAGCUUUGGCUAAAAGACUCAAGCUGAGGUUUUAUCGCGCUUCUGUGAAAGAGGACCUUAAUGUCAACGAGGUUUUCAAGUACCUAGCUGAGAAAUAUCUUCAAAGACUCAAACAGCAAACGGCAGAAGAGACAGAGGUGGUCCAUACAACAAGCAAUAAAAUAGGUGUCUUCAAUACCACUAGUAGUAAUGUCUGCAGUCAGAGCUCCAGCAAUGGCAGAGAAGUCAUCACUUUGCGACCCAACAAACAAAGAACCAAGAAGAGUAAAAAUCCAUUUGGAGGCUGCAGCUUACUCUAAAUAAAAAAAUAAAUAAGAUAUCAUUUCUUUUUAGUGACUGACCUUUAUGUUUAAGGCUAGAUUGGUCAUUGUUGUACUCUAUCAAGGUAGCCACAGUUAGAGACCAAAGUCCACACAGACUGGGAAAUACUACAUAACACUACUUUAAUAACCUGAUGUUAAUCUGUAUCCUUAGUUGUUCCCUAUCUUUCAUGAUUGUAUUUUCAGUGACUUGGCCUCAGUUCUUCAUCGAUGAUCUGUGCACAAAAUCUGACAACCUUUACACACUUGAGUCCUACAUGUGGUUGCCUUAAGAAAUGGUAACAGCUGCAGCUACAGUAUGUUAUCAUUAAUCAUUUGUCUGAGUGCUGGUUUCUUUUCAUUGCUGAGGUUUUCUUAUCUUACUUGAAUAGAAACUCUCAUCAGAACGUGUUUAAAGCAAAUAUUGCACUCUGAAAACAUUUGCUCCCAUACAUUAUUUUUCCACUCAGUGCUGUGUUAGAUGCGUUAGCUGUGUGAUGUGUUUGCAUGGAUUGUAACAGAUAUACAGACUAUUUUGUACCAUAUUUUUCUAAUGUUGAACAGAAUAUGGUUCAAAUUACACUGUUUAUCCCUAAAAGAUCCAGAGAUAAAUCUCUGCAUAGGUAUUUUUGUACUAAGCACAAAAGUGUUGGGUGAUGUUACGUGCCAAAUUUCAUCUUGCUGAGUAUGACUGAAUAUUAAUAGUGCAAUGAUUUGGAUGUAACAUGAAAUUUCUGGAAUGUGCUCCUCUGUGUAACCAAAUAUCAAUAACCACUUGCUGAAAAAUGUUCUUUAUACUUUUGCUUAUGCUCUAUUUCGUGAGGGAUUUGUUUAAAAAAGUCCAGAUAUUAAACAAAUGACACCCUGCUCUUUAAAUCUUAGUAACGCUCAAUAAGUUACAGUCAGACAUAAUUCAAUAUUUUUAUUGCAGUUGUUUACAUUUCACAUUUUCUCUGUUUAACUCUGUUUUUGUUUACAGCUGUCAAAACUUAUUCAAGUUUCUUAGUGAAAUAAUUUUACUCUGUAUUAAGACACUAAACAAUAUACAAACUUCAUCCUUUCUUUUUUUUUUUACUUACUAUGUAGGAUAUUAUUAAUGUCUACUUUGUAAGAAUCCUUUUUCUUUUUGAUUGUAAAGAAAGAGUGGGGCUACAAAGCAAAAAAACAAAAACUAAACAGAAUCUCACUGCUCAGUAACAUCUGGGUCUCUGGAAUAAAAUCUAAAACAGAAUAAAAGUCAUUGCUCUCCUAAGGUGUUUGAAAUGCUGACCAUCAGAACUAGAUUUUAAGCUGUGGAAGUGGGUGGUUGUGCCUGAAUAUGCAAGAAAAAAAUGUCUAAACAAACACUCGGUGUGUAUUGUAUUUUAAAUACCUUGUUUGCCUCAAUAUUUUUUUUUUUUUUACCUGAAAGAAUUGGUUGAGCGAGCACAACAGAAUAUGUGGUGAUGUGGAAAAGUCUGAAAACUGUAUGAAAAUAUUAAAAAUGUCCUCUAAGUACUUUACAUCAAAGAAAAUUACAAAAGAAAUGUGAGAUUACGUAUUCAUGCAUGUUUCUGUUCAUAUUCAAAGUAAAAACAGGAGGCUAGUUUUUUUUUCCACUUUGUUGUGAACAUCUGAAUAGGUGCUUAAAAUUUGUUCCACACUUAGAUCGUUGGCACUGACUGUGUCCAAGUUCAGCUUUUGUCCAUAUUUAAGUCCUAUUUGAAAUGUAUGUUUUGGGAAAAUGAUAUAUAUA